AAAUCACAUAUCCUAUUAAAAAUGGUCGAAUAAGGUAAGGUCGUGUUAUGCUGGUUCCGGUUAUUUUUUUUUGUGCAACCCUAGAUCAAACAAAUCGGAUUUCCGUGCUGGUAAAAACACCUGCAGACCACUGCACCAGCGAAGGCAGCGACUCACUAGGACUACGACCCAGCCGUCUAGCCAAAUGAGAGCUAAAUGCACCAAAUCACAAGUCUUCGCCUCCUCUCAUCCACCGUGAACCACCACCACCUUCUAUGUCCUCUCAUCAAGCUUAAAUCACCCAAAAUAUCCCAUAAUCAUUUUCUGUUUGCCAUAUUCUCUUCAUAUUCAAGUAAGCUAAGGUACAACAGAAACAACAGCAAGAACAACCCCAAUACUUUGAGCAGUGGCAGUAGGCAUAGCAGUUCCAUGCCAGAGAAAAUGGAAGGUAGUAGCUGUGGGUCAGAGUAUGUUGGCUUCAAUAAAAGAAGGGCAGAAGGUAAUGAUAACAGUGAUAAGCCUAAGAAGAACCUUCAGCGUAAAGUCCGAAAACUCAAUCCUGUUAAUACCAUUUCUUACAUUCAGAUUCUUGGGACUGGUAUGGACACACAAGACACAUCACCAUCGGUUCUCCUAUUCUUUGAUAAGCAGAGAUUUAUAUUUAACGCUGGAGAAGGAUUGCAGCGAUUUUGUACAGAGCAUAAAGUUAAGUUAUCAAAGAUUGAUCACAUAUUUCUCUCUCGUGUUUGCUCAGAAACUGCUAGUGGACUUCCAGGCCUUUUGUUGACUCUAGCAGGCAUGGGAGAAGAAAAUCAAGGGCUAUCUGUCAAUGUUUGGGGCCCAUCAGAUCUUAAAUAUCUCGUUGAGGCCAUGAAGUCUUUCAUCCCAAAUGCUGCAAUGGUUCACACAAACAGCUUUGGACCGGCACUUGGUGAUGAUUUCACAACACCUAACGUUCAUAUUAAUGAUGAGGUUGUUAAAAUAUCAUCUGUUCUGUUAAGACCAAGACACUCAAAAGGUUCAUUAGGGAUCAAUGUUUUAACAGAUACUGUUGAGGAUGGAACAAAGUGUUUUUCAGAACCCGAGUUUUCUCUGAAGCCUGGUGAUCUUUCUGUGGUUUAUAUAUGUGAAUUACCUGAUAUUAAGGGUAAAUUUGACCCUGCAAAGGCUGCUGAUCUUGGAUUAAGACCCGGGCCAAAAUAUCGAGAAUUGCAACAGGGAAAUUCUGUGAAAGCAGAUAAACAAGAUAUACUGAUUCACCCGAGUGAUGUGAUGGGACCUUCUGUUCCUGGUCCUAUUGUGCUCAUUGUUGACUGCCCAACCAUGUAUCACCUAGAGGAGUUGUAUUCCAUUGAAUCUCUUGCACCAUAUUAUUCAAAUAAAUCACCCAUUUCUGAGGAAAACUGCAAGCUUGUAAACUGUGUAGUUCACCUCAGUCCUUCAACGGUAACUACUACAUCCAUGUAUCAACAAUGGAUGUCAAGAUUUGGUGGGGCCCAACAUAUCAUGGCUGGGCAUGAGCUGAAGAAUAUUGAGAUUCCAAUUCUAAAAGCUAGUGCAAGAGUUGCAACUCGACUUAACUACCUAAGUCCACAGUUAUUUCCAGCCCCUGGUUUUUGGUCUCUAAAACAACUGAAUGGGUUGCCACCAUCCUCAAUUUUUGCAAGCGAGGGAUCUUUGCCACAUGCUGAUGGAAUCAUUUCUGCUGAGAAUCUUCUCAAGUUCCAUCUGCGGCCUUACUCCCAACUUGGAUUAGAUAGGUCUUGUGUGCCAAAUCUUACAUCUCCACCUGAAAUAAUCAGUGAGUUAAUAUCAGAAAUCCCUGAGAUUGAAAAUGCUUCUCAGCACAUCACCCAGUUGUGGCAUGGAGGGGGGAACAGAGAUGUCAAUGAAGAACCAUGUUUGGAAGGCAUAAAGAGAGAUGACAUGGAGAUUGUUCUUCUUGGGACAGGGUCGUCCCAGCCUUCAAAAUACCGCAAUGUUAGUUCUAUCUUCAUUAAUCUCUUCUCGAAGGGAGGUAUUCUCCUGGAUUGCGGUGAAGGGACACUAGGGCAACUUAAACGAAGGUAUGGUAUUGAAGGUGCUGACGAAGCUGUGAAAAGUUUGAGGUGUAUCUGGAUUUCUCAUAUACAUGCUGAUCAUCAUACUGGUCUUGCAAGAAUACUUGCUCUUAGACGUAAUUUGCUAAAAGAUGUUCCUCACAAGCCUUUGAUUGUCAUUGGCCCUAGACAGCUCAAGAGAUUUCUUGAUGCAUAUCAACGCCUUGAGGACCUAGAUAUGCAAUUCCUUGAUUGCAGGAAUACCACAGAAUCUUCACUGAAGGCUUUUGAGUCACACAAUGGUAUUUCCCAAGUUCCAAACGGACUAGAAGAGAAUGUGCAGAAUGGCAAUGCAACUGGCGAGUUAAAUCAGGGAGGGGUUGAUUCUAGUCUUUUUGUGAAAGGGAGUCCGAUGCAGAGUUAUUGGAAGCGGCCGGGCAGUCCGGUUGACUCUUCCUUGACAUUCCCAAUAUUAAGAAACCUUAAUGAAGUCUUAAGCGAAGCGGGACUAGAAGGGUUGAUUAGUUUUCCCGUUAUACAUUGCCCACUAGCUUAUGGAGUUGUACUUAGAGCUGCCGAAAGAACUAUUAGCGUUGGGAAAAGGAUACCGGGAUGGAAGAUUGUUUACUCCGGCGAUACUAGGCCCUGUCCUGAUCUAAUUGAAGCUUCUCGUGGAGCAACAGUUCUUAUUCACGAGGCUACAUUUGAAGAUGGGAUGCUGGAAGAGGCCAUAGCAAGAAACCACAGCACAACAAAGGAAGCGGUUGAGACCGGGGACACUGCCGGAGCAUAUCGCGUAAUCCUUACACACUUCAGCCAAAGAUACCCCAAGAUUCCGGUGUUUGACGAAUCCCACAUGCAUAAAACCUGCAUUGCUUUUGAUCUGAUGAGUAUAAAUGCAGCAGAUCUGCCCGUGGUUCCGACAGUCCUGCCAUACCUUAAGCUCCUCUUUCGCGAUGAGCUCGUUGCCGAAGAUGAUGCUGCCGCCAAUCUCGCAGAUGCUGCUGCAAUUGCUUGAGAAGCAUGUUUUAGUUUAAUGUAAAUUUAUUCUUAAUUAUAAAGCAGAAGUUUUGUUUGCAUUUAAUUUUAUUAAUGGUUUUUAGCAAAUGGGGUGUUUUUAGCUAAUGGCUUAACCUGAAGUUAGGCCACCUCAUUAAAAAACACAAGGAUAUUCUUGCGUAUUACUAGUAUAACAUUAUUAUUAUUAUUAUUUGUUCAGCGUUACCUGUUUUUUUACUUGAUCGAAUAAAAGUUCUUUUUUAUUUUUUACGAAUAAAAAAGUCCUUUUCUUAGCUAUAGCACCAUGAGCACACGUAGGCAUGGACCCAACCGGGCCCAACCAG